GCUAAGCUAAGGUUGUCACUUUUUUACACCAAACUCUCUCUCUCUCUCUCUCUCUGUGGAACCAAAGCUUAUCCCACCCCACUUGUUGCCUCUGCCAUAUCUAAUAGGCAAAAAGAGUUAAAGACAGAGAGAGAAAAAGAGAAAAAACAGAAACAACAAUAACACCCAUCAGAGGGAAAGUUCAGAAACACACAUACAUAGAUAUAUAGAUAGAUAUACACAAUUCAGAUAAGCAUCAAAAAGAAAGAAAGUAACCAACUUUCUUUUCACACACUCACACAACAGCAACUACAUAGGUAGAGAUAGAUAGAGAAGAAGAAGAAGAAAGAAAAGUGAGUGAUGAUGAACGGUAGUUGUGGUGGUGGUGGUGAAGCUUAUGGUGCCAUUGAAGCACAGUACAUAAGGAGGCACCAUAGGCAUGAACCUAGGGACAACCAGUGCACUUCUGCACUUGUCAAACACAUAAGAGCUCCUGUUCAUCUUGUGUGGUCUCUGGUGAGAAGAUUUGAUCAACCUCAGAAAUAUAAACCAUUUGUUAGCAGGUGUAUCAUGCAAGGGGAUCUUGGCAUUGGUAGUGUUAGAGAAGUGAAUGUUAAAUCUGGUCUUCCAGCUACAACCAGCACUGAGAGGUUAGAACAACUUGAUGAUGAAGAACACAUUCUUGGCAUAAGAAUUGUUGGAGGUGAUCACAGGCUGAGGAACUAUUCUUCCAUAAUCACAGUUCAUCCGGAGGUCAUUGAAGGAAGACCUGGUACAAUGGUGAUCGAAUCGUUUGUCGUGGAUGUGCCCGAUGGCAACACCAAGGACGAAACUUGCUACUUUGUGGAGGCCUUGAUCAGGUGCAACCUUAGCUCUUUGGCUGAUGUCUCAGAAAGAAUGGCUGUGCAGGGCCGAACCGAUCCAAUCAACCAGUAACUAAGUACCUCCUCGGUCGAAAGAAGUUGGGGUUCAAUGGUUUAGACGAUCCGUGGUGGAGACAUGUUAAGAGUAUAGCUAAUACUUUCCAUGUUCCGCAGAAGUUUUGGAUGUUUUUUCUUCUAUAAUCACGGAUAAUGGUCCCCUGUUACCAUUUCUCCUAAAAGUUUUUAGCUCUGUAAUCCUCUUCCGAAGCCGAGUUUCUCUUUUUUCGCCUUUUGUAUGAUGAGAUCCUUGCUUCAAAUGAUGAGUACUUAGAGAUGGUAAUGGGGAAGCUGCAUUUUCUUUGCUUAUGUUCUUCUUCCUGGGUUUAGUGGAUGAUGAUGAUCAUCAUCUUGGUGUGUUACAACACUUAAUUCUGUAAAUAUUUUUGUUGGAGAAGGAAGACAUUUUCUUUA